UUGAAAAUUGUAUCUUAAAUUUUUGAUUCUUCUGAUACAUCUGCAUCAAUCAAAGUUUCAAUUAUACGUCCCCCUUUUAUCUUAUCCUAUAAUUGCAAAUUAAAAUGGAAGUGGAUGAAACGAAUGGUGGUCAAAUAGAUUUUAAAACUGAAACUGCAAAUAUAGAAAAACUAAGUAAAGAUCCUCUAGACAAUGAACAAAAUAAUGAUUUGCCCAAUGAAUCUAAUAAAAUUGAAAAUAACAGUGAAGUAGAGCAAAUGGCUUAUGAAGAGUUAGAAAAUGUUGAUAAAAUAAUUCUUAAAACUGAAAUUGUAAGUGUAGAAAAAUUAAAUACAGGGUCAUUAAAUAAUGAAAAAGUCAUGGAUUUGGAUAGUGAGUCUAACAAAUUUGAAAAUAACAUUGAAAUGGAGCAUAAGGGUUGUAAAGGGUUCGAAAAUGACAAAGCAAAUGUUUCUGAAAACCAAGAUAAUGAAAAUUCUGCAUUAGAAAUUAAUGAAAAAACUUCUAUCGAAGAACACAAUGAAGAACUUAUUAGCAGUAGUCUUUAUUUGCCUCAGUAUAAUUUAGAGAACAGAAAAAAUUUUAAUCAAAUUGGUUAUAUCGAGUAUCCGAACGAUGAUCAACAGAAUUAUAUACGAGGAUGUAAAUGGUCCCCUGAUGGUACGUGUCUAUUAUAUGCGGUUCGUGGUGAUGGAAUGGCAGUAAUUGAAUUGCCAACAACUUUUUAUAAUAUGGCUAGUUUGAAUACAAGCACACCAAGUAUUAAAUUAAAACCAGUCUUGAAAAUUCCCGAAAAUGCCUUGUUGUACGAUUUUUGCUGGUAUCCAGGAAUGGACAGCCAAGAUCCAGCAACGUGUUGUUGGUUAACGUCUUGCCAACACGCACCAGUACAAUUGUGGGACGCAUUUACCGGACAAUUGCGUUGCACAUAUCGUGGAUACGAUUUGGUUGAUGAAGUUGAGGCUGCCUUAUCUGUCAAUUUUUCCACAGAUGGUCAGCAAAUUUAUUGUGGUUACCGUAAAGCUUUAAGAACAUUUAACGUGGAUCGUCCUGGUAGAGAUUCUACAUAUUAUAAAUUAAGCUACCCAGUUACAUGUAUUGCAACAAAUUUUUCACAAACUGGACAAAUUGCUUUAGGAUCUUGGAAUAAAACAAUUGAACUAGUAGAUGAUCGUUUAGGUACAAUACGUACAAUUAAAAAGUUGACCGGGCACUUUGGAGGUAUAACACAUUUAAAAUUUUCACCAGAUGGUACAUGCUUAUACAGUGGUGCACGUAAAGAUAACGAACUAAUAUGUUGGGAUUUAAGAUCACCAGGAAGGCCAUUAUUCAGUGUAUAUCGUUUAUCGGAUACAAAUCAACGUAUAUAUUUUGAUAUUUCACCAUGUGGCUCGUUAAUUUUUUCAGCUGGUACAAAUGGUUUUGUACGAAUAUGGAAUUUAUUAGAAAAUAGUUUUGAGAGAAGUUCGAAAUUUAAGGAGUAUGAAAUACCCGUACAUGAUGAUAGUGUUAAUUCGAUAAGUGUACAUCCAUAUUGGCCAAUUAUUGCAACUGGCUCCGGACAACAUCAUUUUUUUAAUACUCAUAAGGAAUAUAUUGAUGAUGAUUUAUUUGAAAUUAAAAAUAUUGAAAAUUCUGUAAAAUUGUGGUGGCUAGGUAAAGUCGAUGAAGCGGAAACAGUAUAAACUUAAUUUAAAAUUUUGUUAUUAAUUUAACCAAGUUUAAGUGGCUAGUCAUCCACAAAGAAGUUCAUUUCUAAACACGAGGAAAAUUCAAAUGAAUGACUGCAAAAAGUUAUUUAUUUUUUUCUAUCACUAUCUGACAUUCUAUGUACUUUGUAUUGUAAAUAUUAUUAUGGCAAAAUUUGGACAAUUUGCCUAAAGAAUAGAGUCAAGAGUGUAAUAAUUUGAGGUAUCUUAAGUCAAUUUUCAAACAAUUGUU